AUGGCGAAGAGAUUUGGGUUGAUGGAUGACCCCAUUGUUAUCGAGAAGGACCUUCCCAAAGCUACAGAGCUGUCAGCAUGUUUUUUGUUUCCAGAUAAGGAGAACCAGUCCGUCCUGAUUACCGGAGAAUCCGGUGCAGGAAAGACUGUCAACACCAAGCGUGUCAUCCAGUACUUCGCCACCAUCGCAGUUUCUGGUGUCAAGAAGGAAGUAGACCCCAGCAAAAUGAAGGGGUCUCUUGAGGAUCAGAUCAUUGCAGCUAACCCUCUGCUGGAGUCUUACGGUAAUGCCAAGACAGUGAGGAACGACAACUCGUCGCGCUUUGUAAGUAUGAAGGGCAUACUGUGGAAGUGA